AUGAUCCUUCUACUCCUCGGAUUCAUAACACCAGCCGUCGUUUUUCUCAUUCUGGGCAUAAUUGCCUGUGUCCGGAGGAGCAGUUAUUCCCCGACCGACGAGGAACCAAAAGCUGUCGAGGAAUUUACGCAACUAUUAACGAAUCGGGUACCCAGUCACCCGCCAGAUGUCGGGUAUGCAGAUUACCGCUACGGAUACCAAAACCACCACUUUCAAUCGUAUUUCUUGCCCCCGUCUUACUCGGAAACGUUGGCGCUUGAUAAAAGUGAGCCGGGGAAUGAUGUUUGUAAUGGGAGCAGGAGUAAACAUUUACCAGCCCGGCAACCCCGAAUAUUGGUCACCGCCGCGACGCCGAAUCAGGGAGAUUUCUUUUGC